AUGUCAAAUGAGAACAUUCAGCAGCCGUCGUCAAUGUCCACUGACACGCUCAUCCUUCAAGUGCUGAGACAGCUUCAACAGCAGCAGCUUGUUACGAACGAGCUCCUCCGCAGCCAGCAGCAAUCCAACGAACAACAGCGCGUGUUCAUCCAGCAACAGGAGAACACCCUCCGGAAUAUCCAGGUCCAGGUUCCGGCAAAUCCCGAGGCGAUUCUUGACUCGUUGGCAUCGAACGUGAAAGAGUUCCGGUAUGACGCCGGGAACAAUGUAACUUUUUCGUCAUGGUUUUCGCGGUACGAAGAGCUGUUUGCUAACGAUGCUGCACGACUUGAUGACCCAGCAAAGGUUAGGUUGCUGAUGCGAAAACUCGGUAUCACAGAACACGAGCGUUACUGUAGUUAUAUUCUACCGAAAACCUCGAAGGACUUUACCUUCGAUGAAACUGUCGCUAAGUUAAAAGGGCUGUUUGGAGCAGCUGAAUCGCUGAUUAGCAAACGCUAUCGCUGCCUCCAGAUUGCUAAAAGCUCUACCGAGGAUUUCAUUACAUACACCUGUCGGAUCAACAAAGCUUGCGUUGAAUUCGAGUUAGGAAACCUUUCAGAGGAACAGUUUAAAGUGCUCAUUUUCGUCUGCGGUUUGACGUCGGAAACGGAUGCUGAAAUCCGGACUCGGUUGCUAGCACGAAUUGAGGAGAAGAGUGACAUUACACUCGAACUGCUUUCCGCCGAAUGCCAACGCUUGCUGAAUUUGCGGCAUGACACUGCCAUGAUUGAGGACACAAGUAGCUCUGUAAAUGCCAUCAAACAUCGGUUCCAAUACAAGAAGCAACCCCGAGCGUGGAAACAGACCACCAGUCCGUCAUCAUCAUCAUCGUCAUCGUCAUCACCCAACGAGAAUAACAAAAAACAGGAAAUCAUUUCUCCCAUCGACUACUCCGACUGGGCUGCACCGAUUGUGGUCGUACGGAAGGCAAGCGGCGCAAUAAGGAUUUGCGGUGAUUAUUCGACAGGUUUGAAUGAUGCCCUUCAGCCGCAUCAAUAUCCGUUGCCGUUACCCCAAGACAUUUUUGUCAAACUCGCCAACUGCAAGGUGUUCAGUAUAGUCGACAUGUCGGAGUCAUACCUCCAAGUCAGCGUCAACGAAUCAACGAGUAUGCUACUCGCUAUCAACAACCACCGGGGCCUCUAUAAAGUGAAUCGUCUGGCACCUGGAGUAAAAGCUGCACCGGGAGCGUUUCAACAACUCGUCGACACCAUGUUGGCAGGACUGGAGAACACUUGCGGUUAUAUUGAUGAUGUAAUCGUGGGUGGAGAAACUGAGGGAGAACAUUGGCAGAACUUAAACGCACUCUUCCAACGACUGAAAGAGUUCGGGUUCACGGUCCGUAUGGAAAAGUGUUCGUUUGGUCGCAUGCAGAUAAAAUACCUUGCACAUAUGAUUGACCAACACGGAAUUCGUCCCGAUCCAGAGAAGAUAGAGGCAAUCAAGUCAAUGCCGGCACCCAAGGAUGUGUCGGAAGUUCGGUCGUUUCUCGGAGCCGUAAACUUUUACGAGAAAUUUGUGCCGAAUAUGCGUGCCCUGCGUAGCCCUAUGGAUGAUCUGCUGAAAGCGGGAGCCAAAUUUGUCUGGACGCCACAAUGUCAGCGAGCAUUCGACGAAUUCAAAACCACCCUUUCAUCGGACCUGCUCUUGACCCAUUAUAAUCCCAAAAUGGAAAUCAUCAUUCCAGCCGAUGCUUCAUCUGUCGGAUUGGGAGCAACCAUCAGCCAUCGCUUCCCUGAUGGAUCAAUUAAAGUGGUUCAACACGCUUCGAGAGCCUUGGCUGCUGCCGAGCGCAACUACAGUCAGACCGAUCGGGAAGGAUUAGCCAUCAUAUAUGCGGUAACAAAAUUUCACCGCAUGGUUUUCGGUCGCAAGUUCCUGCUUCAAACUGAUCAUCAGCCUUUACUGCGCAUUUUCGGUAGCAAAAAGGGCAUCCCGGUCUACACCGCUAAUCGUUUGCAACGCUGGGCCCUUACGCUACUAUCCUACGAUUUCACCAUUCAAUACGUGGCAACAGAAAAGUUCGGUAAUGCAGACAUCCUUUCCCGACUCAUUAGUCGACAUGCGAGACCCGAUGAAGAUUUCGUAAUCGCUUCCGUUACGCUGGAGAGUGAUAUGAGGUCAGUUGUAUACAAUACUUUUAACGUGUUUCCCUUGAGUUUUAAAGCAGUACAACAAGCUACCAAAUCGGAUCCGGUGCUCAAGAAAGUUUAUCGGUACAUCCAGGAUGGCUGGCCGAAUUCCCUAGCCAGUAAUACUGACCGAGAACUUCUUCGUUUUUACAAUCGCCGUGAAUCGCUUUCUACGGUGCUGGGCUGCAUCAUGUUCGGCGAGAGACUUGUGAUUCCGUCUCCGCUACGUAAGCGAUGCCUUGUGGAGCUCCACAGAGGACACCCAGGGAUCCAGCGGAUGAAGGCUCUUUCGCGAAGCUACGUUUAUUGGCCGUCGCUGGACAACGAGAUCGCCGAUUACGUAAAGACGUGCUCACCAUGUGCUACAACAGGGAAGUCACCCGCCGCAGCCCAUUGA